AGCUCAGCUCCUCUGUCUGACCACAGCUCUUGUGCUGUUUCUUUUCUUCAUACUCAUCGUGAUUCUUCAGUAAAGAUGUCGACGGCAGUAGAGGCUGCGGGGUUCAUCAUGUGCCUGGUCAGUUGGCUCAUCACCGGGGCAGCUUUGACUAAUGACUACUGGAAGAUCUCCUCAGUGUCGGGCAGUGUGAUCAUCUCCCAGAGACAGUUUGAGAACCUGUGGCACGCCUGCGCCGAGAACAGCGCUGGGAUUGCAGAAUGCCGUGACUUUGAGUCCCUACUCGGCCUGCCAGCCCACAUCCAAGCCUGCAGGGCUCUCAUGAUCAUCGCUUUAAUCUUGGGGCUGGGUGCCAUGGUCGUGGCUCUGCUCGGAGUCAAGUGCAUCAAGAUUGGCUCGGCUACAGACCAGUCCAAGGCCAAGAUGGCUGUGAUCGGAGGCAUAGUGAGCGCGAUUGGAGGUCUGUGCACGCUGAUCGCCGCCUCGUGGUACGCCUUUAGAGUGGUCCAGGACUUCCACGACCCCUUCCAGGGUGGAAUUCGGUUUGAGCUGGGGACGGGGCUGUACAUGGCUUGGGGCGGAGCUUCCCUGGCAGUGCUCGGUGGCGCCCUUCUGUGUUCCGCCUGUAAGAGAGCCUCCCCAAAGAAAGGGGGCUACAUGGGAAAUCCCCCUAAGAAGGUGUACACGGCCACAGCCAAGUCAGAUCCAGACUCCGGGCGUGCGUACGUCUGAGCCUCCUGUCUGCUCCACUAUCACCGCUGUAUCUGUUUACUCCAAAGCUUUGUACUCACCUGUGUUAUGUUUUAUGAAUAAAGUUUGUUAUGAUUUUC